CCUGUAAACCUAAGGAUCUUUUUUCUUUCAGCAGUUGGUUAACUUAAUCCUUUUUAGCAUUUGACAUUGAAGAAACUCGCUGACGAAUUGUCGAGUCGAUUGGUUAAAAAUGGCCAGCCCGAUAAGAGUGGUCGUCACUGGAGCCGCCGGCCAGAUUGCCUACUCGCUCAUCUACCAGAUAGCCAAGGGCGACGUGUUCGGGGCGGACCAGCCCCUGGUGCUGUUGCUCCUGGACAUCCCGCCCAUGAUGGGCGUGCUGGAGGGGGUCGUGAUGGAGAUACACGACUGCGCGCUGCCUCUGGUCGCAGGAGUCGUCCCGACCGACGACCCCGCGGUGGCCUUCAAAGACGUCGACGCGGCGUUCCUGGUGGGGUCCAUGCCGAGGAAGCAAGGCAUGGAGCGCAAAGACCUCCUCUCCGCCAACGUGAAGAUAUUUAAAGUUCAGGGCGAGGCGCUGGACAAGCACGCCAAGAAGAACGUGAAGGUGCUGGUGGUGGGCAACCCGGCCAACACCAACGCCCUGAUCUGCUCCAAGUACGCCCCGUCCAUCCCGCGCGGGAACUUCACGGCCAUGACGCGGCUGGACCAGAACCGCGGCCGGGCCCAGGUCGCGGCCCGCCUGGGCGUUGCCGUGGGGAAGGUGCGGAACGUGAUCAUCUGGGGCAACCACUCGGCCACGCAGGUGCCGGACGUCGGCAGCGCCACGGUGGAGGUGGGCGGCAAGGCUGUCCCCGUGCGAGACGCCGUCAAGGACGACGCCUGGCUGCUCGGCGAGUUCAUCACGACCAUCCAGAAGCGCGGCGCGGCGGUGAUCGCGGCCCGCAAGAUGUCGUCGGCCAUGUCGGCGGCCAAGGCGGCCGGCGACCACAUGCACGACCUCUGGCAGGGCACGGCCCCGGGAGAGUUCGUGUCCAUGGGCGUCGUCUCGGACGGCUCCUACGGCGCCCCCAAGGACAUCGUCUUCUCCUUCCCGGUCACCAUCCAGAACAAGGAGUGGAAGAUUGUGCAGGGCCUGAGCGUGGACGACAAGCUGAAGCCGCUGCUCGAGGCGACGGGCAGCGAGCUGCUGGAGGAGAAGGCGGAGGCGCUGGCCGUGUGCAAGCACUGACUGGUCGCGCCCUCGGCCAUGGUCCGGUCCCACGUGUAGUCGCCGGUACAUCCUCCCAGUACAGUCGUAGCCGUAGAGGUUUGUACCCGCACACUCACACUCUUCAAGUGACGCCAUGGUUAGAGGGCACGCAGCUGCAAGUUGAGCUAGUCGGGUUGGCAACUAUGCACUUUUUUGGUUCAGAGGGGGCGGAUGGUUCUAAUUGCAUGCGGGCUUCAUUCAUAUAUUUCACCUUUGAAAGUUGAUACAGGGUUUUUGUGUGUGUGUCCGGGUGUUCACAUUCUGGAAAGUAUGGGAAAUUGUAUUUGUUCUGGGAAAUUUUAUUACAAAUUUGUGUGGCCAACCUGUGUUCAUAAUGCUUUAUUAAUUACUGCACAUGACUGAUUCUUGGGAAAAUUAAAUGCCUCAGUCUUGAAUAGUGUUGGGGAAAUUGAGUAGCGAAUUGUUGGUGGCUAGCUCGUUCUCUAUACUAUGUUGUCAAAUGAAGGUGCAGUUAUGUGUUGUUUCAAAGAGUCUGUUAUAUGUAGUUACAUUUGUCGGGGGUUGUGCUGUUAUAAAAUAGAUUGUUAUUAGUGCCCUAUCUGAUGUCUGCGAAUUUGU